CAUCAGCUGCGAAGGGUUGCCAGAAUUUCACGAGAGGAUUUUCUAAUGUGAACAUACCCAUUAAAGAACUCAAAAAGUAAAUGUCAUGGCUGCUGCUGCUGAAAUUGAAUUAUUGGAACGCGUCUUGUUGCGCUUAGGAUGUGCGGAUACCGACGACAAAUUGGAAGCAUGUGUUGGUCGGUUCCUGACACCGGUGAUAUUGAAAAUCACUUCGCCACAUGACACUGUUCGCAAUAAGGUGGUAGAAGUUCUCACUCAUAUCAAAAGACGCCUGAGUUCCCGUCCUUUGGUUCAAAUACCCGUUGAGGCUUUAAUAGAUCAAUAUAAAGCUUCGGCGAAUUCACCUUUUCUACAGAAUUUUGCCAUUAUAUUCAUUACCAUGGGCUAUCCACGUUUGAAUCUGGAAACCCGUUCAAGCCUAGCAGCCAAGCUGAUUGGUUGUGAGGAAAAACUGGAAAACUAUCAGGAUAAGCUCUUUAUGUUGAUUUUAUCAGAUUUAAAUGAAAUAAAAUUACCUGACGACCCUGCUCAAAGAAAGGAGGUCUUAAAAUUGGACGAUAAACCAGAAAUCAAAAAGAAUUUCAUGGCUCUACUGCAAGAUGUACUACUCUUGCCCUAUGGUGUUACACAAGACCAAGAUGUUCCAACGCCAGGCAUGAGUCCCCAUUCAUUUAAAAGAGUCGUUAAUAACAAUUGGAAAGCUGAAGAAUUGGAAAAUAUCAAAAAGGGAAUCGUUCGCUUCAUUUGCUCCGGCAUAUUUAGUGAUAUUGAUAUUUUCCUUCUACUGGUAGUUGCCUCUUCGGAUACUCGCUUCAGUGUGGCCACACCAGCCAUAGCAGAACUGAGUAAAGUUGUUACUAUAUUAGACUUUACAGAUCCCCAUGUUACCAUGCCCUUGUAUUCAUUAUUUUUGGGCAAUAAUUCAAAUGUGGCAGAACGUAAAACAACGCCCUCUUGUGCCAGAGUAAGGCAGAAACUUUUGCUAUACCUAAUCAAAUGUCGCGGCAAGGCUAUUAGUGUGCCCAAAGGCAUACAGGUGGUUUUCGAGGGUCUAUUCGGCUCGAAUACCAAUCAAAAAUGUAAAGUUUUGUCUUUGCAAUUUGCUGAAAAUCUCAUAAAAGAAGGCCCCUCAGAGAUCAUAACAAAAGUGUCCAAAGUGUUGCUGACUGGCUUUACAAAGCUGGUGGGCAAGGAUUCGAAUACGCCCAACGAUGUGCAAAUUGCUGCCUAUUCAGCAUUGGCCCAGCUAUCGCGUUCAUGUCCCACAGCCAUAAAUCAAGAUUUGAAGAUUGUACUGUCAUAUUUCAAUCAUUUGACCAAUUCACCUCCGGAUUUGCAUAGCUCUAUAAGAGAGGCUUUGGUGGCUAUGGCUCCUGCAUUUGCCUGGAAGCCAGAAGAACAUAAGAAGGCUGACGAAGAUGACUGUAGUGAAGCAGAAGUGGUGCAAUUAACCGGCCAACAACAUCUGUUGCUGGCCAUGCUGUCAGAUAAUGCAGAAUCUAAAUUGCAAAUUGUGCAAAAUGUUUCGGGUAUAUUCUUGACAACCUGUUAUCCGGAGCAUUAUGCACCAGCAAGAUAUUUGUUGCUGUUGAUUGCCGGAGAGAGAAACUCCUUGCGUGAGAAUAUCACCUCCUAUUUGUAUGGUGUCUCCAAAAAGGAUCACAUAAACUAUCAAAUGUUAUCCUCCAUCGAAUUUGCGGGCGAAGAUAAAGCUGCUGAAGAUUUCAAUAGGCUCAUAGCGGAACAAAGGCAUGUCGUCUUGCCUAGUUUUAAAUCAAUGAUGCGUCAUGUCAAUGAAAUUGUCCAUAAGAGAUUGAAGAAAAAUUUGACCGUGGUAGUUGGGCGUACCAAAUUGCCAUUCUCUUUGGAAGUAUAUGAAGAGAUUUUAGAUUAUCUACGCAUCUGUUUGUGGUAUUCUGCGGGUGCACGUUGUGCCCCUGGUGACACUAAAUAUCAACAUAAGCUUAAGAACUACAUACAAUGUAACUAUGAAGAGUCGGAUAACAAUGAAUUGCAUCAAUAUCUAUUGUUCAUCCAGAAAGCAGUGGAGGCCAGAAGGCAUGAAUCGAAUCUCUUGUGUUUGCAUGACUUGCUGGGUGUGACUCCAGCUUUGUUGUGUAAAUCGCAGAUGCAUUUACUGGAACCUUUAUGCAAUUCCUUAAAAGAUGUCUCAGAAGCUAUGCGUUCCCAUGUGGCUCAGCUUGUUGGCAUUCUAUGGGCUUAUGGCUUCGACGAAUCUGAAUUUAAUUCUCAAAUUAGUGAUAGUCUGAAAACGUUGACUCAGAAAUCUUUGGAACAUAAACACGGCUGGCUUUUGGUUUUGGGACAUUCCUUCAGCCGGAUCAUACAAAAAUAUAAAGAAACUGAAGUUGCUAAGGACUUACAAAAGUGGCCAGAAUUUGUUGAUGCCAUCAAAGUUAUAGCCGAAAUUUUGGUGAAAGGACCUCAACAUUUGUUAAUAUCAGCUGCUGUCAAGUGCUUUUCUAUGAUUAGCAAAUGGACCGAAAUACCAAAUGUCGAAUUGGCCAUAACUUUCCAAACCAGUGAUAAUGAUAACAACGAUGAUGAUGAUGAGGAAAUGACUGAGUAUACUGCUACGGGUUCCACAAAAUUCUUUAUAUUCACCGUGGUUCACAAACUUCUGAAAAGUUCUUCCGUUCGUCCCCAGAUAAGAGGCGAGGCAGCCAAAUGCCUGGGAAAUUUAGCCAUAGGAGAUGGCCAAUAUUUUACUCAACGUAAUUUGGACAAAUUUCUAGCCUUGGCUAAAAUUCAAAAGGAUGCUGCUUUGAAUAUUGCCAUUUCUGAUGCUAUAGCCACUACUCUGUGUGGUUAUGAUAUCAGUGAAGGUACUCCUUCGGAAAACUUCAUCAAUCCCCAUUGCACAGAUGAGUCAUUUGAGAAAUUCUUAAAUACUCUCAUACGUUUGGUAUCAGAACCCAAUCCCCAAAGUCGUCAAUCGUGUUCGGUGUGGCUUCUAGCAGUGGUCAAAAACUGUAGCUAUCGUCCCGCAGUGCUAAACAAAAAGCAAAUGUUGCAAUAUGCCUUUACGGAGCUAUUGUCCGAUGAUAGUGAAUUUGUGCAGGAUGUCGCCUCACGAGGUUUGGGCUUGGUGUACAAUUUAUCUGAUCCCAAUAGCCAAAAUGAUUUGGCCAAUUCUUUGUUAGACCAAUUAAUGGGAGGUAAGCGUAAGGUGAACAAGGUCAAUGAGGAUACAGAACUAUUUGCUGAAGGCAUGCUGGGCAAAACACCAACUGGUGGCAAUAUAACCACCUAUAAGGAACUUUGUUCUCUGGCCUCUGAUCUCAAUCAACCCGAAAUGAUCUAUCAAUUUAUGCAAUUGGCCAAUCACAAUGCUUCCUGGACCAGCAAACUUGGUGCUGCCUUUGGUCUGAAAUCUCUUUCCAGUGAAACAAAAGCCAAAAUGCAGCCUUAUUUUGGCAAAAUAAUACCCCGCUUGUAUCGCUAUAAAUAUGAUCCAACGCCGAAAAUUCAAAACUCCAUGAUUUCCAUAUGGGAUUCUAUUGUCUCUGAACCCAAGGAGGUAGUCGAGCAGUAUUAUUGGGAAAUUUUGCGUGAACUCUUGGAUAAUUUAACAUUUAAUGAGUGGCGUGUGCGUAUUGCAUGUUGUUUAGCUGUAAGAGAUUUACUUAGGCGACCUAAUGGUUUACGUUUGCGCACAGAGGAGAAAAAUCGUAAUACCAGUAGUGCACCAUUGUCGCCCUCGAAAAGUAAUGCCAUGGAAGUGGAUGAUGUUCCAGAACCGGAAUUAAAGGAAUUAUGGUCUCAACUAUUUCGUGUAAUGGAUGACAUUCAUGAGGGUACCAGAUUAGCUGCAGAGGGCACUGCCCUCUUCCUUAGUAAGCUUUGUGUCACAGCGGCCUCCUCCGAUCAUGGAAAAUCUGGUACAGCAGUAGCUUCGUCUAUAUUACCCUUCCUUUUGGAAACAGGUGUAAUACAUACGGUGGCGGACAUAAGAAAAAUUAGCAUAAGAACUAUAUCAGAGAUGAUAGAUUCAUCGGGAGCCCUGCUAGCACCACAUUUGCCCUCCCUCAUACCUUGUCUGCUGAAGGCUACAGGAGAAUUGGAAUCAACAAAGCUAUCGUAUUUAUCCACACGCUUGGGAGCAGACCAUGAUGCGCAAGAAAAAGUCGAUUCUCUUAGAGCAGAGGCUGCCAAAUCACACCACACCACAGAGGCCACAGCAAAGUGCGUACGUUUUGUGGAUUAUGCUGCUUUGGAGAAAAUGACACCCGCCGUUUUGGAUUUGAUAAAAACCUCUGUGAAUUUGGGUACUAAAAUCGCCUGUGCCCAUUUAAUAUGUCUGAUUAGUAUACGUUUGGGCAAGGAAAUGACACCUUUAGUUGGUAAAUAUUUGGGUGCCUGUUUUGUGGGAAUUAAAGAUCGCAAUGCCACUGUACGCAAGUACUAUGCCAGUGCUAUUGGUCAUUUAAUAGGCAUUGCAAAGGAACAAUCCAUUCGCAAUUUAUUUGUUAAACUGGACGAAUUGUAUAUGGAAAAUACCAGCAAUCGCUCAGCAGUAAUACUCGUUUUGCAAUCCAUCAAUAAACGUCAUAAUGAGCUUAUAAAAGACUAUCUAGAUAGCGCCCUGCCACUGAUAUUUUUUGCCAUGCACGAGGAACAGACAGAGGAAAAUAAAGCCAACAUUGAACUGUGGAGGGAUUUGUGGAAUGAGGUUAGUUCGGGAGAUGCGGGAAUACGCAUGAAUCUCAAUGUCAUAGUGCCGAAAUUGGAGAAAGCUCUGAACGAUGCCAGCUGGUCUAGAAAGGCGCAGGCAGCCAAUGCCAUAAAGACCAUAGCAAAACGUCUAAAGGAUACACUGCAAGAGCCGGAUCGUUUGCAGUUAAUUAAUUUGCUCAUAAACGGUCUUCAGGGUCGUACAUUUCAAGGCAAGGAACGUCUAUUGCAGGCAUUGGCUGCUUUAUGCAAAGGCUUAGAUCGUAACCAUGAAAUAUGUGAGCGAAUUGUUGAGGCAGCCUUAAAGGAAUGCCGCAAAGAGGAGCCCCAGUAUCGCACAUUGGUCUUAUCCAGUUUAGGGGAUAUACUGGAAGAGCUUGAGGUGGAUCGCUUUGAAGAAGUCUACAAUAUGCUUUGGUAUAUCCUAGAUAAAAAGGCGCUGCGUAAAUUAUCUACUUCGGAUGAUGAUGGUGAGGAGGAGGAACAAGAUUUAACCACUGACGAGCGUAAUAGACGUGCCACCAUAUUAAAUAAACUCAAAGAGACGGUCUGUGAGACUUUGGGCAAAUCAUGGCCCCGAAAUUCGCUGGAGACUCAAACAAAAUAUCAGCAAUUGUUUGCCGAACGUUGCUCUACCAUUAUAAUUGAUAACACAAGGCCAGUGCAAGUUAGCCUAAUGGUGGCCUUGGCCAAAUUCACAGAACGUUUGCAAAUUCUUGGUAACCCCGGCAACGAAGACGAAGCCCCAAAUACAAUGACGGGCAAUAAAGAAAAGAAAGUUAAAGUAGACAAAGAAAUGGAACGUGGUAUUAUAGUGGAGAAAAUCUGCAAAGAUGUAUUGUCAGCCGUGACUUAUGCUGCGGGUAUACCCCAUACUGGCUUGAAAAAGGAGGCUCUCAGCAUUGUGCUUAUCUUAAUAAAGCGUCUUAUCGAGGCCAAAGACUUUAAACAUUUGGCAAUGAUUAAGCAGAACUUUGAAGAAAAUCUGCCUAAAUUUCAAAAGGAUUCAGCGCCAGAAGUUCGUUGUCGCAUCAAGGACAUUGAGGAGAAAUUUACCAAGUCAGGAAUUCAAGAUCAUUGAUAAUGGGGGUUAUUUUUAUGUGAAAACAUAUAAAGUGAAAGGCUAAUAAUAGCGGUGUGGUCUCAAAUUAAGUAAACAUUUCUGAAAUGAAUUAAA